AUGUGUUGCAACAAUGGCAACUCCUGUGGCUAUGGCUGCGGAUAUGGCUAUGGCUGUGGAUGUGGCCCCUAUUAUGGCUGUGGCUAUGGCUCCUGCUGUGGCUGUGACGCUGGAUAUGGCUGUGGCUAUGGCUAUGGCUCUGGUUGCUGUGGCUACUGGCCAUAUUGCUAUAGAAGAUGCUAUUCUUCUUGCUGCUAG